AAAAACGCAAAAUUCACUUUAAACCAGCUCGAAGUAUAACAUGACCAAAUUAUAUCCGUUAGUUACAGCACGAUGUGUUUAAAAUAGACUCAAAUUAGACCGGAAACCGAGUCAAAUCUGGCAAAAACAAUCCAUGAGGUCGUGCCGCCACCAGGUUGCUUUGGGAUGCUGAUGAUGCUUGUGGUUCUGCGCAUGCGCAGUGUGAGCUUCGCAAUCCCCCAUUCAUGCAUAUCGAUCACAGAGAAGCGGCGCGUCCUCUCCUCUCGCCUUGGCUACAUCAGAAAUGCGCGCGUAAAACUUCUACCGUGGGAGCACAGACACGCGUUUUCCGCCUUCUCCUGCCAAGCUUUCUCUCUCUUUCUACUCCCUCUCUUUUCCUGUCUUUAUCUCUAUAUCUCAGGGUAAUUCAGGGAAGAACAGGAGCACUAACCAGCACCAUGACAUAGUCUGCACAGAGGAUCCACUCUCUCCCUUCUCUCUGGAAGCUGUGUGUUUUCCUUGUGUGGUGGUAAUCCUCGGUCAUGGAGUUUCCCUCUGCCACCGUUUUUGACCAGCCUAAAGACUGUGCUGAGGAGGUGGACUUGAAUGUGGUGUUCCAAGCAGCGGCUACAGGGGACGUCAACAGUCUGACAGCCACAAUACGUGAGGAUCCCUCCAUUCUGGAGUGCUGUGAUAGCGAAGGCUCGACACCACUGAUGCAUGCUGUCUCUGGGAGACAGGUGGAUACAGUCAAGCUGUUGCUGAAAAUGGGUGCAUCGAUCAACACUCAGGAUGCCUGUGGCAGGACUUCACUUUCCCUCGCUACAUACUUGGGCUGGCUGGAAGGCUGUGUGUGUUUACUACGAAAUGGAGCAAAACAGAACAUCCCUGAUAAGAACGGUCGCUUACCGCUUCAUGCUGCUACAGCUGAGGUCGACCUCAGACUCAUGGCUGUAUUAUUGCAACAGUCAACACUGUGUGAAAUAAAUCAUCAAGACAAUGAGGGAAUGACGGCGCUUCACUGGGCAUCCUUCCAUAACCGCCCGGAGCAUGUACAGGCCCUGCUGCAAAAAGGGGCGGAUCCCACACUGGUUGACAAAGACUUUAAAACCGCACUUCACUGGGCUGUGCAGAGUGGUAGCAGAUUUAUGUGCUCACUAAUUCUCGACCAUCACCUUGGUUCCACCAUCAUAAACUAUGAUGAUGAGAAUGGGAAGACCUGCGUUCACAUUGCCGCCGCUGCAGGUUACAGUGACAUCAUCUACGAGCUUGCACGCAUCCCUGAAACCAAUCUGCAGGCUCUGGAUGUGGAUGAGCGGACACCUUUGCACUGGGCAGCUGCAGCAGGAAAGGAGGAGUGUGUACAAGCUUUGUUACAGCUGGGUGUGGAGCCUGGGCCAAGAGACAUCAACGAGAACACGCCAUUGACGUACGCCAUGUACUGCGGCCACACUGCCUGCAUCAAACUGCUUUCAGCCGACAGCAGGCCUGAAUCAACCCGGCAGCUACUUUCCCAGAGCAGCGACCCUGCUAUCAGAAAAGAGGGCAAAUUCCGUGUACUGAACCACAUCUUCUCAUGUAAAAAGAAGAAAGAACUGCAUGCCACACGGCAAAGGGAGCUGAGUCAAGAGAGCAACCUGCAGGAAGAGACCUCUGAAGUGGACGACAUCAUCACCAUGUUCGACUGCAUUGUUGAUCUCCCAGCCAAAGAUGACAGCAGAAAGCAGCCUAAUGAACCUGAAAGGCUUGAUGACCCCACACCCAAGGACCAUAGGAGCCUACCUCCUAUACGCACACAGAGUCUUCCACCUAUCACUCUGGGAAACUCUUUGUUAUCCAACUUGCACAAUGCACCACAUAGAACUGUGUCAGGGCAGAUGGUUAGUCAUUUGGCACACAGGUCACAGAAGAGCAAGAGUGAACAUGACCUCUUUGACUGCAGAAUGAAGGCUCAGAAAUCCACAGGUCCUCCUUGGAAAACAGAAUCCAGUCAGUUGCUAAACCACAAGGCUUGGGUGUCACCUCCAUCUGAUAGGAUGCUAGAUAAACUGUUGCAUGAAACACAGAGUCCUAUAGAUGUGCUUUGCUCCAACCACACACCUUAUAUCCAGAGAAAUGACCAAGUUGCAAAUACUCAUCUGAUACCACUGAGAAUGAGAGACUCGGCCUUGACGCGCAACAGCUUGGCUCCCAUUCGUGACCACUGCACUCACAGAUUCUCUUUGCCACCUGACCAAGUCUCUCAGGGAGUAAGGAAGUCCAAAUCCCUGCCCCUCAGCUCUCUGGGACGCAGUCUAGCAGGACUCCCUACUCCUGUAACAUCUAAGAAUCACAGACCAGGCAUUCAUCAGAGCCAGUCUCUGUGUUCCUUCCCUGCUCCCUUGAGCACUGAGCCGCUGCGAAACAUGCAAGUUCUUCCCGCUAUCCCACCCCAAAGAAAACGAAGCCCUUCACCUCCGAAACUCCCGAAGAUGACUGAGAAUAACACCGAAAGAAGAACCUGAUGCACUUUCAGUAUACUAGUGACAAAAACAAAAGGGCUGACCUUUUCUCAGCCACAUUAAAACUGGUUUCUGUAUGUAAACUUGAAAACACUAUGAUCUUCAGGUUUUAUUGGAUUUUUUGGACUGUCAAUAAACUGUCAUUAUAUAUUUUCAUGAGGACUUGAGAAGGAGAAGGUUCAUUUUAAUGCAUUGCCAUUGUUAAAAUGUUUGAUAAAGUUUAUGAAGCUAUCAGCCUAUUUUUUCACACGUUUUUACAAAAUAAUAGACUCUUGUCUAUGGCAUGCACUGUCUACAAUCUGAUUUCUGGUUUAUCUAUAUAUUAUACAAACAUACCUGUAGUUUGAUUAUUUAAGUUAAAUGUUUUAAAUAAUUAACAUUAAUAAAUGGUGUGUACUUUUUGGAAUAUCACAAUUCUUUCUUUAAAAUGCUCUUAAGUGAUGCUUAACUUUUAGACCAAUGAACCACCUUUUCCUAAGAAUCA